AUGGCCCAUUCAAAACGCAACACCUCACUCCCGCAUUUCACGUCCUACGAAAGAUCCCUUCUUCGCUCUACCUGGGGCUCCCAGAGUACCCGCUUAUCUCGCGAAUCCUUCCUGCCAUUUUCCUCAUGCCGUCUCUGCCUUCUACCGGCCCGAGAACCAGUGGUCGCCUGUGCAACGAACGGCGAUCUGUUCUGUCGCGAGUGCGCAGUCAAUGACCUUCUUGCACAGCGGAAGGAAAUUAAGCGUCUAGAAAAGGAGCGGGAGAUAGCGAAACAGGAAAGAGAUGAAGAUAAUGAGCGAUUGGCAGCUGAGGCGAGAGACAGAGAGUUGAAAGAGUUUGAGAUGGUUAGCAUGGGGCUCGAAGAGAAGAUGAAGAGAAAACGAGAGCUAGAAGGUGGCACGGGUGGGAGUGAUAAGACAAAGAAGAACGGAGACGAUACCGCGGAGAGUAGAGAGGCAAAGAAGAGGCGGAAAGAAGGAUUCGAGCUGGACGAGGAAGGGAUGCGGAAGAUAGCGAUGGAGGAACGAGAGAAAAUGAUGAAGAAGAUCGAGAAAGAGAAGGCGGAAUCAUCGAAAUCCCAACUCCCCUCCUUCUGGGUGCCAUCAUUAACACCAACAGUGGCAGAGAAUGGAGAAGACGCCAAGUUGGCAAAGCUCAGCCCACUGUGUCCAGCGUCAACUCCACAGGAUAAGCAUGGGUACUCCCUGAAAACACUCGUUACCGUUCAUUUCACAGAAGAGAAAGACGAAAAAACAGGAGACAUGGUUCGCAUAUGUCCGAGCUGUAAGAAAGCUCUUAGCAACGGACUCAAGGCAAUGCUAACUAAACCAUGUGGACAUGUUCUCUGUAAACGAUGCGUGGAGCAAUUCAUGACUGCAGACAAAGGCCCAGACCCGCAUUCUACCGAUCCAUCUGAGUCGGAACGGUUGGGGAAAAUAUUCUGCUAUGUAUGCGAGACCGAUUUGACGGAAAAGAAGGUGAGCAAGGAAGGGAAGAAGGAUAAAGAGAAAAUUCGGCCAGGCCUGGUCGAGAUAUCGUCCGAGGGAACUGGGUUUGCCGGCGGCGGGAAGAAUAUGGCUUCCAAGUCAGGGACAGCUUUCCAAUGCUAA